AUGGUGCGAUCCGUCACCUUCGAGAUCCGCUGGCAUGACACCCAGCCCAUCUACAGCUGCUCCUUCCAGCCCAUCCCCGCCAACCACCUCAGGCGCGUGCUCGACCACAACAUGGGCCAAGCCGCCGGCAUGGCUCCGGGCAAGGGCCUCUCGGAGCUCGACUCGUCCGCCGCAGCCGCCAUGACGUCCACGUCAUCCUCGCACGCCUCGGCAUCCACAUCCGCCGCCUCGUCUUCCAAGCUCGCCCAUCCCCCCGUCAUGGCCGGCGGGCAGAGCUGGAGGCUCGCAACCGCCGGAGGCGACAACAACGCACGCAUCUGGAUGGUGCAUCCCAACAUCCCUUCGCCCGCUGCCAUCGCCAGCGCCGCGGCCGUCUCGGGCUCCACCGUCGUCGCCCCGCAUCCGCCGCGCGUCGAGUACCUCGCCACGCUUCAGCGCCAUUCGGGCGUCGUCAACGUGGUGCGCUUCUGUCCCAAGGGCGAGCUGCUCGCCACCGCCGGCGACGACGGCAACGUGCUCUUCUGGGUGCCCAGCGACCGCAGCAAACCCAGCUUCGGCGACGUCUCCACCAACCUCGAGGGCGAGACGCAGUUCGAAAAGGAGUUCUGGCGCGUCAAGCUCAUGUGCCGUGCCACCCAGCAGGAGCUCUACGACAUGGCUUGGAGCCCCAACGGCGAGACGCUCGCCGUCGGCGGCACCGACUUUGUGGCGCGCAUCAUCAACGUCCAGGACGGCCACGUCAUCCGCGAGAUCUCGGAACACAACCACUACGUCCAGGGAAUCGCCUGGGACCCGCUCAACGAGUUCAUCGCUACCCAGAGCAGCGACCGCUCUGUGCAUGUGCACAACCUCCAGACGCGAAGACACGGCGACCACGCUCAUGGCCAUGCCACCAGCUCGGAUGGCGUCGCCUCGUCGCAGCUCGUCAGCAAAAACGCCAAGCUCGAUCUGCAUCGUCGCAACGGCAGCUCCGGCGGCCUCGUGUGGGACCAGCACUACACCAAGCCCGCGCUGCCCAGGCGCACCAGCAGCCACGCCAGCCAGGCGAGCGACGGUGAAGGUGCACGCGAGAGCUUCGUCGCCAGCCUUCGAGGCCGAUCCAAGCGCAGCAGCACGCCCAUCGAUCCCACGCACACCACGGCAGCCGUCGCGCGCGCCAGCACACCCUCGGCAGCGGUGCCGGCGCCUUCGGCUGCGUCGCCCGCCAUUGCUGCCGCAGUGCCGUCGGGACGCGCCGGAACGCCUACACCAGGCGCGUCGGUACCGCCGAGUCCGUUUUCGUCCAACGGCGCUGCUGUCACUGCCCACGCCAUGAAUCCGCCUCAGACCACACCCAGCCGCCGAUCGAGCUUCAGCGGCAGCAACAUUGACGUCGGAUCGCCUCCGACCAGCACCACCUCGCUCGCACCUGCCUCGUCGCUCGCCGGAUCACACGGCUACAAGCCCGCAGCGGCGUCGGCAGCGGCGGCGGCCGCUCACGACCACACGCUGCCCGUGCCUGCCGGUGUGGCAGGCAGCGAUGCCGGCCGCCGAGGCAGCAGCGUCAGCCGCUCGGGGUCGCGCACGCGCAGCAUCCGAUCGCCCUCGCCCAUCCCACCGCUGCCUGCCAUCCGCGCGCCGCCGUCGCCCAAGCAGCGCAUGCAGGCCGCGGCGGCUUCCGGCCUGGGUGGUCCGCUUGCCAAGGCGUCGAUGCGGCUGUAUGGAGACGAGAACUUUAGCGGCUUCUUCCGGCGUCUGUCGUUCAGUCCGGAUGGUGGGCUGCUCGUCACGCCUAGUGGACUGUUUGACCCGCCGCCACAGCCGGCUUCGCCCACGGUGAAUCUGUCGCCGCGGAAGAGCCCCGCGACGCUCAACCCUGCGACGGCCGCUGGGACUGCUGCUCAGCCGGCGCCGACGGGCGGGGCCAACAAGAGCGCCGUGUACCUGUAUGCGCGCGGCAACCUGGCGCGCUCCAACGCGCCCAUCGCCGUGCUGCCCGGCCACAAGACGGCGACGCUCGUGGUGCGCUUUUCGCCGAUCCUGUAUGAGCUGCGCCGCACGCCGCGCGCCGGCUCGAGCGCAGCGGGCGGUGAUGACGAGGGGAUUGCGCCGCAUCCAACCAUCCCGCUCGAGGCGGGCAAGCAGAAGACGGUGUCGCUGCGCACCGAGGCGGCGAUGGCGGGUUCGGCGGGUCCGGUGGGUUCGGCGGGAUCGCCUCCGCCCGUGUCGCGGCAGGAUGCGCGUUCGCCGCCGCGCGGGAUCAGCGUGAUUGGGCUACCGUACCGCAUGGUGUAUGCGGUGGCGACGCAGGACAGCGUGUGGAUCUACGACACGCAGCAGACGGGGCCGAUUUGCUGCUUCAGCAACAUGCACUAUGCGAGCUUUACCGAUCUGAGCUGGUCGCCGGAUGGACAGACGCUCAUGAUGUCGUCGACGGAUGGGUACUGUUCGGUGGUGGUGUUUGACUAUGCCGAGUUGGGGGUGCCGUAUGCGUUUGCGGCACAGCCGGCGUUGAAGGCUCCUGCGCCAGGGGUGCCUGCGCCGGCGCAUAUUGCAGAGGGAAAGACGACGGGCUCGGCGCCGAGCACGCCCAAGAUGACGAGUCCCGCACAGCUGGUGUCGGUGCCUGUGCCGGCGGCGGGGUCCGCGGCAGAGGCGUAUGCCAGCGCCAUUGGCGGUACGGCGACAGCGACGACAGUGGCUCCAGCGGUGGCGUCGGGGGCUGGGUUGGGAUUGGCGAUUCCAUCAGCAAGUGCAGGUGCAGACACGGGUGCGGACGAGGCACCCAAGAAGAAACGCCGCAUCGCACUCACACUCGAACGUCCGCUUGGGUCGUAA